UCAGCAUCGCAAAAUUGAAAAUCUCCAUAUCGCUAAGAGUAGUUUUGGAUCUAAAGGGCUAUUCAUCAUGGAUAUUAUUAUAGCUGCAGUCAUAAUGUGUUGUUUGGGAAGUGUUCAGGCCUACAACAAAGCCGUUCUCAGUCUGUAUGUUCAGAGAUUCAGUGGGGAGGGGACCUACGUCGGAAGAGGACAAACCGGGGCGUGUCAGAUGGGGCCGGACUUCCCACCUGUUGCUACACAUCCUCGGAUCAAGAGCCUGGUGGCUAUAAAUGCGGAACAGUACUCGGGAUCUAUUGCCUGUGGCAUGUGCUUCAGGGUGCGAGGUAAAGGGGUGGGUACAGGAUCGGACCCUAUACAAGGAGACUUCUACGUAUUUGUCAACGACAUUUGCCCAGAAUGUAAAGAAGGUGACAUUGACCUCGCGGAAGAAGGCGAUGGAAGUUGGGAGGUGGAGAUCCAGGCUGUGCAGUGUCCGGUCGGAAACACCAAAAUAGAGUAUAAGUUUCAAGGAAGUAACCCAUGGUACAUCAAGCUCCAGGUCAGGAAUGCAAGAAUCCCAGUUAACUCUAUCAUGGUUGAUCGCGAUGGACAACCACAUCCUAUGAAGCACACGGCAGAUGGGUUCUGGGAAUUAAGCGAUGGAUUGGUAGAGCUCCCCAUCAAACUGGAGAUGACAGCAGUCAAUGGGGAGUCCGUCCGUGACAUCAUAACCAGGAUAGAAAGCGAUGUUGUCAUUCAAGGCGAAAACGGAGUUCAGUUUAGUCGUGACAACCGCCUUCCUCACGCUUGAAUCCCAGAUGCCAGCACACAGGAAUCAAUGUACCGUUAUGCUCUAAGUAGUGCUACAACCUCAAUGAGCCAUGAUGCUAGUACCGUGGUACGGUUACAAUUAAAGCGAACCACUCUCCCAACCUAGACGCUUAUUUCCGUAGUCAUAUCUCGUAAUAAAUAAUAUCAAUGUUA